AUGAAACAGGCAAGAAUCAACACUAUAGAGGGCCUGAUUGAUGCCUCUUCACCGAGGGCCAUACCGGCCGGAAUGCAUAUUUCCUCGUUUGUGGCCAGCCUGCCGGUUCUAAAAACGCCUCCUCGUCAGACAGUUGAUUACUUUCAACACUCUCUGGAGGAAGACUUGGCGGUCUAUCCCGAAGCGACUUCGUCGUGCGACCAGAGGCCAACGUACGUCUCGACUGUGCUGCCGCCGGUUUUCGGUUCGGUGAGCUGCAAAAUGGCGACUGGUGAAAACCGGCUGUCCACGUCCGAUUGUGAAUUGCACAUGAUACAGGCGGCCAAUGCUCCUGCCGCCUUCUCACAAAGUGGCCAAGUGGCUGUACGCUCCGCGAUGACGAGUGAUCACAUGCGGCUGGUAGUACCACUGGGUGGACUGUCUCAAGGCAUCGAAGUGUCUGGCAUGGAGACGGGCGUCAAUCCGGCCAUCACCGUCUGCCAAAGAGUGGCUCUGCCCGGCCUGCCGGGACUGAUUGGCGAGACUGGCGCCGGCGAAAAAGACACAGUCGAAAGUACCAGCAGAGGGGGGUUCACUCCCGGCUCCGGUGGUGUGAUUGGCCAGAGUGGUGGAGCAAGUGGGGGAAAACGACGCGCUGAUCGUGUCAAACGACCGAUGAACGCGUUCAUGGUGUGGUCACGAUCACAGCGACGCUUGAUGGCGUUGGAGAACCCAAAAAUGCACAACUCUGAGAUCAGCAAACGACUCGGCUCGUUGUGGAAGGCGUUGACCAGCUAUGAAAAGGAGCCCUUCAUGACAGAGGCCAAGCGUCUUCGUGACUGUCACAUGGAACAAUAUCCCGACUACAAGUACCGACCUCGUCGGAAAGUGAAGCUGGGCGCCGGAUCAUCCUCGACAGUAGAGGCUCGCCAAAAGACGACAUUGGCCGGUGCCCUGGGCUCGUACACCCCGACGGCCGAUGCCAAACAACCGGUCGUCGUCCAGUACAGCACUAGCCAACAGCACUACACCAGUCCAGAUCAGCAUCAUCAGCACCAGCAUCAUCAUCAGCAUCAUCAGCACCAGCAGCAGAUGCAAGCGCAUCCGCAUCAUCUGCAUCAAUCGGCGUCUGGGCGACGAGGCAAGGCUGCGGUUGUGCAAGCGGCCAACCACGAAGUCGGCAGCCCCACGAUUGAGAUGACCGCCCGGACGUCCGGUCUCCUCACCCCCCGACAUCACGUACCGUUGCUGCCCUCGUUCUCGGCCGGACACAAGACACCGGUCACCAACACCAACACAAGCGUACAUUUGUUGCCAUGCCUCCAAACGGGCCAACUUGUCUCCUAUUCACACUGCCUGACCAACGGCGCCGUCUCAAUCGGCCCCUUUGUACCAACGCCCGGACACUCUUUGUUGUCGUUUCCCAUGUCACCCGAGCUCGACUCGACCACAGCCACGUCGGCCACCGUCGCCGUUAGCAACGGCCGUCUGCCCAGUGCGCCCCUCUACCAGUUGCACUCUCCACAGACCCUCGGACUUGAGUCCGCCACCAGGCCGCAGUUCGGCUCGCCACUGUCUGGAACACACUCCGCUCCCUCCUCUUCCUCCUCCUGCUCCUCUUCAUCCUCUUCAUCCUCUUCCUCCUCGUGCUCCUCUUCUUCCUCGUCGUCAUCAUCUUCUUCAUCAUCCUCCGUCACUCCUUCCCUCUUUCCUUCCCCAUUCUCGUCGUCCUCCUCUUCUUCAUCCGGCUCAUCAUCAUCAUCAUCAUCAUCUUCUUCUUCUUCUUCUUCAUCCUCCUCUUCCUCGUGCUCCUCUCUGUCCCUGCGACAGCCGGGCCCGGGGCUCGCCCUCGUCCAGGUGGCCUGUCUCACAGCGCCUCCGAGUCCCGUCCAGCCCGGGUGCUACCGGCUCGACGAGCCUCCGCUCGUCUCGCCCAACAACGCCUCGACAACCCCAUUUCUCCCCCCCACCUCGAGCCAACUGGGCUACUCCGUCGUCUACCUCGACCCCAUGGACCGGCCGUCGAGCUUUUCGCCUCGUGAUCCCUCCGCCUCCGGCUCGGGUUCGAGUCCCGCCUACCUGCAGGCGCCGACUUUCGCGCCGGAUCCGCCGCACACCGGCUACCGGACGAGGCCGGUUGGCGGCGGCUUGUUGCUCGGCGCCCCUGAGGCCUUGCCGCUGGCCUACCAACUGGGCCCCGGACUCGCCUACCCCCCGGCAGAUGCGCCUCCGGCCACGGGCCACCUGUUGCUGGCCUACGACCAGCUGCCAGUGUACCCACACGCCGAAGCCGACUGCACUCCGCCCGGCUACCCGCACCUCGUGCCCGUCGGACAGACCGGCCUCGAGACCUUCGGGCCGCCCGGCGGCCGCCUC